AUGAACAAGUCACACAACACACCAACAGAUACACAACAACAACAUGACACUGAUGCGAGUUGGGAUGACAGCUCUGCCCCGACAACACAUUACCCAUUCUCAUGUGGUGUGGAGUAUAAUCACGUGAGCGACUUGCCUAGUCUGGUGGCCGACACGACACUCGACUUCUUGGUCAUACCAAUCGCUCACCCACGCUACGUCCGCUACCACGAGAUGCAGGGCAACCAGCCAUUCACGCGCUCCGACCUAUUGCUCGACUCAUCACAAUGGAAAUCGGCCAUCGUGCCCAAACUCUCAACAUGGUUGGAUGUGGACUCGCCCGACCAGCAGAUUCGCAAGAGCAGCGUGGCGGCCAUGCGCCAAGAGAUAUCAUGGGCGGCGCAUCUUGCCGUGCCAGCACUGCUGAUUCCGCCACCCACUCGUCUGUCACCCGCAUACGCACAGAUCAUCAAUCAGACGCUGCAAUCACUGACGACGAUGCGACUUUGGAUGAGGAUACCGUUGGUCGCGCCCGAGCAGCAGAUCGACCGCGUCAUCACAGGCAACGACGAAGCAGAUAUCAAUACAUGGACGUGGUGGAACAACUUUAGACUUCUUUGCAAUCACCAUCCCUCACUACACCCUGUUCUGGAGAUCACUGCUGACCUUCCCUCACAGGACAUCCUCGAUCAAUGGCUUGGCGAGCCUAUCAAAUGUGUCUUUGUACCAACCAGCAUAUUCAUACCCAACAAGAAAGGAUAUCCAACGCUCACAAAGAAGCACAGGGACCUCCUUGGACGGAUAUUCAAAUAUAACAUCCAAUUCGUAAUCAGUGGCAAUGUUGACAAUGUGGCAGACUAUUAUAACUACUUGUAUCACCUUCAUCAGACUCAAUCACCAAUCACAGAGCUGGAAAGCUUUGAACAGCCAUACUUGGACUAUCUCCAAAUGCCACUUCAGCCACUGAUGGACAACCUGGAAUCACAGACUUAUGAGAUAUUCGAACGCGAUCCAGUCAAGUACCUCGAGUACAAGAACGCCAUUGCCAAAGCCCUGGUCGAGCGCACCGCCCCCGACUACGUCUCGACCGUGAUGGUCGUGGGAGCAGGUCGUGGCCCGCUCAUCAAAGCGGCCAUCCUGGCGUCACAAGAGGCGCAGCGCACGAUCAAGGUGUUUGCCGUCGAGAAGAACCCCAACGCAAUCGUUACUCUGAGGAACCGCAUUGUAAUGGAGCAGUGGCAGGACAUUGUGACUAUUGUCGAGUGCGACAUGCGUCACUGGCAAACCACCGAGCGCGCCGACAUCAUGGUGAGCGAGUUGUUGGGCUCGUUCGGCGACAACGAGCUCAGUCCCGAGUGUUUGGAUGGCGCGCAGCGUUUCCUGCGAACUGACGGCGGCAUCAGCAUCCCCGCGUGGUACACGUCGUACUUGGCGCCCAUCUCCUCGUCCAAGCUCUACAACGAGGUGGCCUGCUGGAAUCUCCAGAAGCACUUUGAGAUGCCCUAUGUGGUCAAGGCACACAACUUCUUCCAGAUGGCCACGUCGCAGCCACUCUUCACCUUUGCUCAUCCAAACGAGGAGCUGCAGAAGCAACAGAUGAAGGCUGGACCCCAAGGCGCCAACAUACCUGUGGACGACUCCACCCUGCAUGGCUUCAUCGGCUACUUUGACUGCUGUCUGUACGGCGACGUGCAUCUCAGCAUCAACCCGGCCAACUUCUCCACGGGCAUGUUCAGUUGGUUCCCCAUAUUCUUCCCAAUACGCGAGCCAAUCAAUGUCAAUGGCAACAACACAAUCACUGUUCACUUUUGGCGCAAUGCCACCAGGGCCAAGGUAUGGUACGAGUGGGCUGUCACAUCACCAUCAAUCAGUGCCAUCCACAAUCCAGGUGGAAGAUCAUACUGGAUUGGACUUUGA